AUGGGUAAUUUAUUAGGAAGAGAGAAUAAUGAAACACGAUAUCCUGUGAGAGAACAAAGAACAAGAGGAUUGAGUAGUUCUGAAUAUAUUUACAGUGAGUUUUCGAAUAGAAAUGAUCCCAGAAUCCCAUUAUAUAGUCAACGAGAUCGCAAGCUAAUUAGUAUUAAAAAGUCCAAGGCAGUACAAAAUCAGUGCCAUAUAAAUGGUUUAUCAAUCCACUAUGUACCUUCUUUAAGAAGAAUAAAAUUUGAAUAUGACUGUAUUCAAGACUCCAUUUUAAAUAUAUAUAAUUCAGAUUCUUUAGAUGAAAGCUUAAUUAAUACUGAAAAACCAGCAUCCUCUCAUCAUAUUCCGAAAUCACUGAAUAAGGAAAUUCAGAUCGACCUAAAAUCAGACUUAAAAAAGAACUUUGUAUUAGAAAUUAAGCCAAAAAACCACUCUUCUAAUAGUGCUGGGACUACUCAGCUUACAUUCUGUGAGCAAAGCUCAAACAAAAAGAACGAUGUUUUGGAAAAUAAGAUAGAAAUCAAAAGGCAGUGCGUACUUUAUAAUGGCAAGGCAUUUGAAAUCCAAAAUAUAUUUGGACUAUCAAAUAAUUCCAUAACAGCUUCGAAAAAUAAUGAAGAUUCAGAAAGCUGUGUAAUCUGUCUAACAAAUAACCGAGAAACAAUAUUGCUCCCUUGUAGACAUGCUUGUCUAUGUACAGUAUGUAGCGAGACAUUAUUCAAAAACACUCAAGAUUGUCCAGUUUGUAGAAACUCCGUCUUGGGUGUAGUAAAUAUUGAAAAUAACAGGUGA